ACGCAGAAACAGAACAACUUAGAAAUCAAUCAUCAUGCCGUACCAGCUUGUCAUAUUUGACUUUGACGGCACACUGUUCGACACCUACGAUGCCAUCGAGCACUCCAUCCAAUUGACCUUCCAGCGCCUUCUGCCCUCUCAUCCUCCGCCUUCGUCCAGCGACAUUCGCCCGCUCGUCUCCACCGGCGCGCCUCCCGGGGACACCUUUCGCAGUCUACACCCCGAUCCCACCACCUUCGACGAGUCUCUCUGGAUUCCUACCUAUCGCGAGUUGUAUGCCAUUCAUGGCCAAUCCCGUACAAGUCCCUAUCCCGCCGCUCGCGACGUCCUACAAGCAUUGCACGAUCGGAAUCAACCCAUGGCCAUCAUCAGCAACAAAGCAGCGGUCGCAGUGAAGGCGGCUUUGGAGAAGACCGACCUGCUCCACUUCUUUCCAGAUUCCCUCAUCCUGGGUCAUGGUGUGGCCGGCGUGCAGCGCAAGCCGGAUCCGUCCAGCUUCACAGACGUGCUCUGGCCGAACUGGAAAGCCCUGGGGGCGCCCGAGGAGGUGGAAGCGGAGCGCGUACUGAUGGUUGGAGACACCUUGACGGACAUCCUGUACGCAAGAAACAUCGGAGCCCAGGUGUGUUGGUGUCGAGGAUGUGCUCAAGAUCGUGGAGGGCAGAUCGUGACUGGUGAGACGCCCUGUGGCAUCUCACUCAUGACACAGGACCAUCACAUAGAUUCACAUAGACCUAUUGCUCGUCUCCCAGUUUCCCGAUACUGGAGAUCGAGGCACCUCACGCCUUCGCCUUCCACCGGCAUAUACUGUAUUGACUGCCUCUCCCGACAAGGCGGCCUGGGUUCGAGUAUUGGUAAGAAGCUUCGCCAACAAGGUGCUCGGCUAGCUCUUCUAUAUGCCCCGUUCGAGGCUGCCCGACGCGAUGAGCUGCUAGAGGCGGGCUACGGUGAGUCGCCCGCGCGCGACGAGAUCCGAACGUAUGAAUGCGACAUCACAGACCCCGACGCUGUGGAGUCGGUCUUCACCACCCUGAAGGAGGAUGUUCUUACCCCAUCAUCGACGUCACAGUCGGCUCGGGCCUUCCCCAGUAUCCUCGUCAACACGGCGGGCUAUGUAUCGCUCAGUGAUUUGGAGUUCACCCCGCCGCAAGAGACCCUGAAGCAUCUGCACACCAAUGUCCUGGGCCCCAUGCUGUGCUCGCAGGCCUUUGCACGAUUGUACUUGGCUGCGGCGGAAGUCGCUCAUGCGUCACCUAAUCCGCCGCCUCCCGGUCGCAUCGUCAAUCUGGCCUCCCAAGCCGCACAUGUGGCCCUGCAUCGUCACGGGGCCUAUUGUGCAUCCAAAGCGGCACUCUUGGGGCUCACGCGCAGUAUGGCUUCUGAAUGGGGAGGCCGUGGUAUCACGGCGAACAGCGUGUCUCCGACAGUGGCCUGGACUGCUCUGGGACAGAAGGCCUGGGGGCAGGAUGAUGUGCGGGAGGCUUUCCUGAAGACGAUCCCGACAGGCAAGUUUGCGCAGCCAGAUGAGGUUGCGGAUGCGGUUUUGUUUCUUUGUCAGGACUCAAGUGGAAUGAUCAAUGGAGCGGACAUUCGCGUAGACGGUGGAUUUACUAUCAGGUAAACUGGACCGAGAUUUGACCUUGACCAGUUGGAGGUCCACUAUAUGAUAGAUGUCUGAUGCUACAUCGAGCAUAAGGAACACCAAUCCGGAUAUAGUGGCAAUAAUGAGAACAUUCUUAAAG